AUCAUGUGUGUGUAUGCCAAUGUGGCUAAUGGGAGGGAACUCGUCCAAAAUACCAAUGAGUGUUAUUCCCCCUGUUUCACGAAAUGCAGCAUUGCCACUAGGUAGCGCUGUUGACAGGGGGGUUUCCAACAUGGCCACAUUGGGAAAUCCCGGGUGUCUGCUUGUGCGGAUAGCAAGUAGGAAAACAGGAGGCAUUCGUUCAGUACGGUGUAUUUCGGAGGCUCGUAUCAGAAGUGGAUUCGUUGGAAUGGUAGGAUGGACACCUUUGAUACGAAUGAAUAAACUGAGUGAGGAGACAGGGUGUGAGAUUCUGGCCAAGGCUGAGUUUUGUAAUGGAGGUGGGUCUGUCAAGGACAGAGCGGCCUGGUUCCUGAUCAACAGUGCUCAGAAGAAAGGUGUGUUGAAGCCAGGAGGUACAGUUGUGGAGGGCACUGCUGGAAAUACUGGCAUCGGAUUGGCUCACAUCUGCCUGGCACUGGGCUAUAAAUGUGUUAUCUACAUGCCAAAUAACCAAUCAAAGGAGAAGAUAGAGGUUUUGGAGACGCUGGGUGCAGAAGUGCGACCAGUCCCGGUGGUUCCCUGGACUGAUCCAGAUAACUACAACCAUCAGGCUCAGCGUUUUGCUGACAGUAUAGAGAAUGCUGUCUGGACAAACCAGUUUGACAACACUGCAAACAAGCAAGCUCACCUUGAAACCACAGGCCCUGAGAUAUGGCAGCAAACAGGGGGGAAAGUGGAUGCUGUGGUGUUUUCUACAGGCACUGGUGGGACUUUGGCAGGUGUAGGCACUUACCUGAAGGAGAAGAAUCCUAAAGUACAGGUGUUCCUGGCAGAUCCUGAGGGAAGUGUAUUGUACAAUUGGUUCACAUCUGGCAAACUAGAGAGGUCGGAGGGCAGCUCAAUUACAGAGGGCAUAGGUCAAGGUCGGGUUACCAAAAAUUUGGAGGGAUCACCAGUAGAUGGCGCUCUUCUGAUGAAAGACACAGCUUCAGUAGAAAUGACAUUUCGCUUGUUGCAUGAGGAAGGGUUUCUGGUGGGGGCCUCCUCAGGUCUAAAUGUGGCAGCUGCUCGAGACGUGGCGAAGAUGAUGGGGCCCGGUCACACCAUUGUCACAUGUUUGUGUGACACAGGACAGAAAUACUAUGCAAAGUUAUUUAGCAAGGAUUUCUUAGCCAGCAAAGGUCUGUUGGAGUGUGUACCAGAAGCCUACAGGAAGUCUCUACAUUAACAUCUAGGGAUCUUAUUACAUGUCCUUAAUUAGCAAUCAUCACUGUGAUUCUGUGUGUGGUACGGUUGUACUGUAAUGGAUGAAUGGGGAUAUAUCAUCAGUGGGUGCUAAUGUGUUCUCCUUUUGUAUACACAAACAAGGAAUGCUGAAUCAGUAAAUAUACGUGGUAUUGUUAAGAAUUGUUCAAACUGAGAAAUAAAUAUACAAUUGACUCUGGUAAGUUAUGAUGUCAACAUUCAACUUGGUGCAGCAGUACUCUUGAUGAUAUUUCUAUGCAGGCAUGUAUUAAUCAGUGAUGAGUCAAAUAUAUCAUAAAAACAAAAUAUAAAGUAAUUGCUCUCACACCUGUCAUUUUUGCCUGACAACGGCUAACUGGAACAUUCAGUGGCAACAUUUGUUGUAUUUGUGAACUUCUGGUUAAAGUUAUAAAGUGUUUUUAAUUCAGGUGUAUUGGUACAUGUGUAUAGAUCAGGUCAUAUUUACAAAAUAUAUAUGAUUGUGUAAUUAACUCUUCAUUGUCUUGAACACUCACUUUAUGUAUACAUGUACAAGUAAACUUUUUCAUCAACAUAAUUAAAGCUGUCCAGUUCUUCACUGUUGUUUUACUUGGAUAGCUUCUCACGUAGAAGCGCACACAGACAGUAUUAAAAUUUUAUAUUCAGGGAAAUAUAUUAUGCAAAAU